CUAAAUAGUCGGGCAGAUCCAGGGUCUUUCUGUUCGUUGAGGGGAGUGGAUUGAUUGGAGGAGCGAGGCAAUGGCCAUGGUUUACGCAGUCGUAUUGGUGAUCUUUACAAGCUGUGUGGUAAUACCGACAGAGGUAUACAGCCAAUACAGUUACCCACGUCUUGUUGGUGGGUCAGGACCAUAUGAAGGAAGAGUUGAAGUGCACUACAAUAAUACCUGGGGAACAGUUUGUGAUAAUGGUUGGGGUAGCCAGGAAGCUUCUGUAAUUUGCCGACGUAUGGGAUUCAGAGCAGACGGUGCGAUUAUUAAAACGGGGGCCUACUUUGGACAAGGAACAGGACCAGUUUUGUUCAGCGAUGUGAAGUGUUCGGGAACAGAAAAUUACCUACAUGAGUGUGAUUAUUCCUGUUCUCCCUCAGUUGCCUGUGAUCACAGCAGAGAUGUUUCCCUUCUCUGUAAACCGUAUUAUCGACUUGUUGGGGGAUCAGCGCCAUACGAAGGCAGGGUUGAAGUUCGCUUUGAUUAUUAUACUUAUAGCCACAGCCACUAUAGAUGGGGAACUAUCUGUGAUAAUGGAUGGGGGAAUGAGGAAGCAAAGGUUCUUUGUAGUGAUCUUGGAUUUGAUAGCGAUGGAGCUGUAUCUCUUCAUAAUUCCUAUUUUGGAAAAGGAACUCCUCUAUCAGUGUUAGAUAAUGUAGAAUGCACUGGUACAGAAAAGUCUAUAGAAAGAUGUCGCCAUAGUAACCAAACAACUUGCACCGACGAAAAUCACAUUUCUGUUGUCUGUAAACCGGUUAUUCGACUUGUUGGAGGUGUUGGACCACACGAAGGAAGAGUUGAAGUUCGUAUUGGUAAUACUUGGGGAACAGUUUGCGAUAAUCAAUGGGAUAUAACAGAAUCAGGAGUUGUUUGUCAAGAGCUUGGCUUUUCAAGUUAUCUUCAUUAUCAUGGUCGAUACUACUCAAAAGCCAUAGGUGGUGCAGCUUUUGGACCAGGAACAGAACCUAUACUGUUAAAUGAGCUAUAUUGUAAAAGGCAAGAGUCGCAUCUUAGAGAUUGUAAACAUUCGUGCUGGGGUAUAGGCAGCUGUAAUCAUCAGAAAGAUGCUUCAGUGAUAUGUAAAGUUGAUGUAAGACUUACUGAUGGAUCAGGACCACACGAAGGAAGAGUUGAAGUUUAUUAUAAUGGUAUGUGGGGAACAGUUUGUGAUAAUGGUUGGGGACCAGAAGAAGCAGCAGCAGUUUGUCGAGGACUUGGAUUCGCUCCUGAUUUGGCUACAGUAAGAAAGGGCGCUCAUUUUGGACAAGGAUCGGCUAAUAUGCCCGUAUGGAUAGAUGAUGUUGAUUGUAGUGGAUCAGAAGAUUCUUUAGCUGACUGCCGCAUUGGUGGUUUCGGCUUUUCUUCUUGUAGUCAUAGCAAUGACGUUUCUGUUAUUUGCCAAAAUAUUGGUUAUCGACUUGUUGGUGGAUCCGAUCCACGUGAAGGAAGAGUUGAACUAUUUGUAAAUAAUCGAUGGGGAACUGUCUGUGAUAAACGAUGGGGUCAACGUGAAGCAAACAUUGUUUGCAACAAGAUUGGAUAUACCACAACUAGAGCUGAAGCAUAUGGUGGAGCUUAUUUUGGGGAAGGGUCUGAUCCUAUCUGGCUUGAUAAUGUCUACUGUCGAAAUAAUUACGGUCCAUUUUAUACCCCUUACACGCCUUCACAUACUACUUUAUCCACAUGUCAACAUGAUGAAUGGGGUCAAUCUAAUUGUAGACACAAUGGUGAUGUUUCUGUUAGAUGUCAUCCUUCAGUUCGUCUAGCCAGAGGUGCUACACCUAAUGAAGGCAGAGUUGAAUUUUACAAAAAUGGUGUAUGGGGGACAAUUUGUGAUGAUGGAUGGGGGCCAGAGGAGGCAUCAGUAGUAUGCUGGGAACUUGGGUUUAAGAGGAGUGGAGCCAUAGCUAAGAAAGAUGCUUACUUUGGUGAAGGAACUGGUACGAUACAUCUUACAAAUGUUGUUUGCACGGGUCAAGAAUCGUCUAUAUAUGAACAGUGUACAUAUGGUAAUGGCUAUAGAUGUAGUCACACAGAAGAUGCAUCUGUUAUAUGUUUAACUGAGUCUAGUUUAGAUGUCCUUCCUAUUGUUAAUAUUACCACUGAAUUUCGGAAAGAUGAGAACGGUCCAAGAAUGAUGUACCGGUUCUUCUGUGAUUUUGAUGGUGUAGAUGAGACUGUUUUUUAUUUGGCGGCGUGGUACGUGGAUGAUAUUCUGGUAUAUACUAGUACUGUAAUCCAAGGUUCAUUAGAUCUAGAAAGCUUUAAAAACGGACUGAGUUUAACGGAAGACCAGAUGAACAGAACAGUUGGUUACGAUAUACGAUGCGAGAUAUUUGCUAGUAGAAAUGAAACAUCACACCAGACUGUUUCUAAGAGUGAAUCGAAAUUCAUUGGAAUAAAGGUCUUAAAUCCUGUAAUUAGAAUACGGGAAGGCGAAACUGGUCAAAUAAGAAUAAGAUCAACUGCAGAGAUAGGAUGCCCGCCAUUAGAAAAUCAACCCAAUUUAACAUGUAAUUAUGGUGUAACAGUAUCUACACCAGAUUAUUCUGAUUCUACAUGUGGUGCCAGUCUAUCAAUCACUGAUAAAUGUGGUGUAGACGUCCUGAAACAUGGAUGGGAUAACGAAUAUAUCAUCAAUGUAGCUACCGACACAAUAAAGCAAUAUGGUCGAUCCUUAACACAGUUUGAAGUAAUAUUAAGGUCAUCUCAGAUAGAUUAUGGAUACCAUAAAACUUGGGGUAGCUACACAAUACAUCCCCGUGUACAAGUUAUUGUAGUAAAAGAUACUUUGCCUACACAGUCAUUACUAUGCAAAGCCUACAGUGAUCCCAGACUUCAAACAUUUAAAGGACUUUUGCUCGACUUACAAUAUCUGGGAACAUAUACACUCUAUAAAGAUGACGCAAACGAUAUAGAGGUACAAAUACAAACUGUUAGCUGUGGUGGUGAUGCAUAUUGUAACUGUGGUGUGAUAGCAAGAGUUGGUGGAACAGCUUAUAUGAUCAGUAAAUGUUACUCACAAAACUGGAUCAUAGAAUACGUAAUGUGUGAUGGUGGCGUUGGUGUUCUUCAAGUAGAGAGAAAUGGAGACUACAAGAUAACAUUUCCCACUGGUGCCACAGUGACAGCUCAUUUACAUGGAGGUAAUCCCCCCCGGUAUGUGGAUGUGCAUGUUAACCCAUCAUUUUCGGAUGCGAAUAAAGUGCUAGGAUUGUGCGGUAAAAUAUCUAAUGACAAAACACAACAACUUGUUCUAAGAAAUGGUGUGGUUACUACAGACAACAUAGACUACAUCGAGCUGUUUUACCAGGAGGCCGAACUGUUCACCAGUUCAUGGAGGGUUGCACCAGAUGAGAGUUUAUUUAACCCUACUGUUCGUGAGAAUUUUGUACCUACAAUCAAAACUCCAAUUAUAUGUGAGUGUAACCCUCCUGCAGGCCAACCAGAACCGUACCAUACGAUCGAAUGUAAUCCGAAAAGUAACAUCAAAUCUUGUGCCAGAGAUGAUAGAUAUAAGGCAGUCAGUAAAAGAUCAUGCGCCACCCAUACAUUUUCCCGUAAAAGACGAUCAGUGCCAUCAUAUUUACCAGAAACUGGCCGAAUCAAAAGACUCAAACGGCAAGCAACGUUGAACAACACCUGGUCUGACGAGAACGCAACAGACUAUUGUAACAGUUUGUUUGACAGUGAUGGUCUGUUUAAACUAUGUAGUAGUGAAAUAGAAUCUCUUCAGAAUGAACUUCCAAUAGCUCUUGAAACAUGCAAGGAAGAUAUAAAACUUACUGGCGCUACUGAAUUUUCUAUGUCAGCGGUUGGUAGUGUCCGGAGUCAGUGUCGAUACGAAGUGGACUUAGAUCCUAAAUUACAAGAAGAAGAACCCGACAAACCGUCAAUUUACAAACGAGUUGUUGAAAUAGACUGUGUGAAUAACUGUUCACAACAUGGCACAUGUGAUAAUGGAACAUGUAUUUGUGAUACUGGAUAUAUUGCUGUUGAUUGUUCUACUAAUGCAGCGGAUCGUCCAGUUCUAACGGAAUUAGAAUAUGAAGGACUGUGUGAUGUGAAAAACCAAACUUGUGAUGAUAUUGCUGUUUUUGGUACAACAUUUGUAGAAAACCCUGGCUCGAAAUGUCAGCGUUAUAGCAUCAGGGUGUCAGAAUCUGGUGCUGUGACGAAUAUGGAUUCCUCUCCAACUAUAUUAGAUGCAACAAUAGACAGUAUAGGUGAAGCAAUCUGUCCACUGGAUGUGUCUAAUACACGAAAUCCUAUACCCGUCCAACAACAAACCUUCUCUGGUUAUAAGCUAUCUGUAGCUAAUGAUGGACAACACUACAGUAAUCAACUAAUAAUGAUCUACUACAACUCAGAUUGUGUGACUUGUAAUAAUACUAAUAAUAUAAUCACUUGUCAAAUAUCCAAAAAUCACUGUUUGGUCAAUGAUCGAUGUUACAAUCAUGAUGAAAGUUAUGUUUAUAAUGAUCAAUAUAUCUGUAAAGUUGAUGAAAAUGGCGGAAGAUGGGAACUAAAUGAUACCUCUCUUAACGGUGCCUGUGGUAACUAUACGUCGUUUACGUACCCUGCAUUAAGAUUAACUAACAAUCUGUUAUCUGCCGGAGCUGUGAGGAUUAAUGAUAGGUAUCUAUCAGACGGAUGGUAUGGAAAACCAGGAAGAGCUAUACCAAGUGUUACAGCUCCAUUACAAUAUUACUGUGGUACAUUAUUUCCUAUUUAUCUACAAACUGCUCCUGUCACAACUGUGAGUGGAAUACAGAACAUACAAGCUUGUGUUAGACGAUACAGUGUAUUAUGUAAAUAUACUAUUGAUGUAAAAGUUCAGUAUUGUGGAAACAAUUUCUUUGUUUACUACCUGGUUAAUUCACCAUUAGAAUCGUCUGGUUAUUGUCUGGAGUAAACAUCACGAUGAAGUUUGAUGAGACCCGGAUUUUUACGAAAAAAACUGUUAUAGUGUCUUACUUUUCUUUCUUGCUUAAUUAUGUUAUUUGUUUGCUUAAUUAUGUAUCUGCGUUUAUUUGUUUAGUCAAAGGAGUAAUCCGAAAUUUUACAGUGUAUAUGUUGACACUUGUGCAUUUAAAAGUUGAACUAUUUACGUUGUCAGGAAAUUCAGUUCAGAUUCGAAUAUUGCUUACCGGGUUGCGUAAAUCAGAUGAAUAAAUUUGGCCUAUUAAGUAUGUGCACUGGGUGACCUAAUACAUGCCAUAACUACAUACGACAAGCUUACAGUGAUAGUUAACAAGACACUACUGAAGCUGUUCGUUUUGAAAAUUGUACUCAUUCCAAAUUAAACCUUCCUUUGAUAUCGAACAAUUCUCACGUAUAGGAUGAGAAAAAAACGUUUUUAAAAGUCUUUCACAUAUAAUUAACCAGUUGUAUUCACUAAAUAAACCUGAUACUGCUUAUUUAAAUAUUAAAUAGCUUUUAGUUUUUAUGAUAUACGCAAAAUAUUUUUUUUAUUAAAUUGCGCAUUCCCUUUUUUGUAUACGAUUGUAAACACUGGAAAUGAUAUGUUCAUACAAAUAUUUUUUAUAGAGUGCUACAGUCACUUUACUUACAUUUUUUGAUCAAAUAAUAUAUCGUUCAGGGUCGAUAAUAAAUAAAUAAAUACUAUAAUAUACUUUGCUAGUAAUGUACCUUUAAUAAUUGAUAAUAAAUAUUAUAAUUUUUACUAGUAAUGUACCAUUAAAAAUUGAUAAUAAAUACUAUAAUUUUUACUCGUAAUAAACCUUUGAUAAUUGAUAGUAAAUACUAUAAUUUUUACUCGUAAUAAACCUUUGAUAAUUGAUAAUAAAUACUAUAAUUUUUACUAGUAAUUCACCUUUGAUAAUUGAUAAUAAAUACUAUAGUUUAUACCAGUAAUGUACUUUUAAAAUAGAUCAAUAAUUGAUAAUAAAUACUAUUUUUGGCAUAAA